GCACAGAGCCCGUGAAAGAGUGAUGGAGGCUGAGGUUCGAGAUCACCAUGAAUGACAAAUACCACAAGGCAGCUCGGGAUGGCUACCUUGACUUGUUGAAAGAAGCGACGCGGAAGGACCUGAACGCUCCGGAUGAAGAUGGCAUGACACCGACCCUAUGGGCCGCUUACCACGGCAACCUGGAGGCGCUGCGGCUGAUUGUAGGGAGAGGGGGGAACCCAGAUAAGUGUGACAUAUGGGGGAACACGCCACUCCACCUGGCUGCCUCCAAUGGCCAUCUCAACUGCCUGUCCUUCCUGGUGUCGUUUGGUGCCAACUUGUGGUGCCUGGACAACGACUACCACACGCCUCUGGACAUGGCUGCCACCAAGAACCACAUGGCUUGCGUGCGCUAUCUGGACUCCAUCGCUGCCAAGCAGACAGCCCUCAAUCCCAAGCUAGUAAGCAAACUGAAGGACCGGGCUUUCCGCGAUGCUGAACGCCGCAUCAAGGAAUGCGUUAAACUGCAGCAGAAGCACCGGCGGCGUAUGGAGCGUAAAUUUCAGAGAGAGACAAUGGAAGCAUCGGUCUCUGAUGCCAUGAGCUUCUCCAGCUACGCCAGCAGCACCUUGAGUCGCAAGUUACGCCACUUCAACACUGCCACUAGUGUGCCAUACUCCCAGGCUACUCUCCAUGCCACAGCCAGGGGCAAAACUAAGAUCCAGAAGAAGCUUGAGAAGAAGAAGCAAGGUGAUGGGACAUUCAAGAUUUACGAAGAUGGCAGGAAGAGUGUCCGCUCUUUGUCUGGCCUACAACUAGGCAACGACGUCAUGUUUCUAAAGCAGGGAACGUACGUCAACCCUAAGGAUCGGUCUCGUCGUAACAUACGUGAUAUGUUCCGUAAUGACAGCGAGGAUGCUGUCUCACGUGCCAUCAGUGAACCCGACCUGCACGGUCAUGAUGUAGACCACUCAGAGAUCAGCACAGACUCGGGCCACGACUCGCUCUUCAACCGUCCCGGCCUGGGCACCAUGGUUUUUCGCCGCAACUAUGUGAGCGGUGGACUUUUUGGCAUCGGUAGCAGAGAUGAAGGCAGUCUAGCAAGCAGCGAACGGGUCGAUAACGUGCGCCUCCGCAGUCGGAUGCAUCGCGAGCCCGGUCUGGACGACGAUAGCAUCGGAAGCGCCCGUAGCCUGCAAGAGAGGAACAUACAGGAGCUGCCAUGGGAAGAGGUGGAGUUGGGGCUGGAUGAUGAUGAUGAGCCUGACACUAGCCCUCUGGAAGUGUUCCUAGCCACACAAAGCAUGAACGAGUUCAUUCCUAUCUUCAAAAGAGAAAAGAUUGACCUGGAUGCCCUGUUGCUGUGCUCAGAUGAUGACAUCAAGAGCAUUCACAUCCCCUUGGGACCCCGCAAGAAGAUCAUAGACAGCUGUCAGCGCAGAAUGGAAACCAUGGAGGACCCAGGCUGCAUAGAAGACACUGAGUUGUGA